AUGGCAUCGAAUAGCCAGAACAGUGGCCCUGGCGACAGUUCCUCUGCCGAUCAAAUUCCGCUCCAGGAUCUAACCCGGCAGAAUGCGCCAGAAGAACGUGGGAGGAGUCGUACCAAUAGCAUUGGUGGCGGCGGUGUUUUCUCUCGGCAAUCGUUAUUGAGGAGAGGGUCACGAAGGCAACAGUAUCACAGCAUUGCAGAGCAGUCGCCAAUAGACCUGGGAAUAACACCUACGAACGCUUACGACCAUGAAGACCCGAGCGCCCUCUCCCAGGCGAUGUCCUUCGGCAUUAGCUUCAACAACCCUCGACAAUCAAUAUCCGGCCCGUCGCUUGGACAUGGCUUCGACGAUACCGCGUCUGAUCUCGAUAAUGUACCUUUAGACUCCUACGAUUCUUAUUCUCGCUCUCACGACUUUACGUCGCCCUUGCCCAACGUGGAAGAUGACACGACAGGAUUGACCGAUCCUCGAUAUCUACAACCGAUAAGCGGCGCGCCCGGCUCGGAUAUUCGAAGGAGUAACGAUUCCAGUUUCCAGUCUGUCAACUUCGACAAUGGAUCUCGUCUUGGCGAUGAUCUUCACAUUGAGAGUGGGCUCGGCCGACGAUCCCGCUCUCUUAUCGCCCUCGGGAUCCAAUGGGGCUUUUCAGCGCGCGAGUUCCUUGGUGAAAUCCAUUCCAUUGAAAGGGAGGAAUCAAACAAAGAUGCGCGAAUGGAAGGCCCUCCAGCUCUCCCCGCAACGGCAGACUUCUCAUACGACUCAAUUGCUCCAGAACUGCCCCCGAGGGAAACGCGCGCAUCAGGAAGAUUAUGGCGAUAUCGAAAUAACCCGUUCCGAGGCAAAGCGCUCGGGUUUUCGGGACCCGAUCAUCCUCUGCGACUCUGGUUGUGUGAUGUUCUCGUUCACCCGGUCAUGGAGCCCUUUAUUCUGGUCAUUAUCAUCAUACAAACAAUCCUCCUGAUCAUCGAAUCCACCAACUCCGUUUCCGGCAGCCCAAUGGGCAUGCGAUGGGGACACACGCCGUUUGACUAUGUUUUUCUCGCUAUUUUUAUCAUCUAUACCCUUGAGAUUGUCGCCAAAGUUCUUGUUUCCGGGUUUCUCUUUAAUGCUACAGAAUACAGCACCCUUAACCGCUCAUUGGGGAUAAGGAAGGCCAUUGCAGAAAAAGGGCGUAAUCUCAUUACUCCAUAUCGGCAAAACACAACCAGCAAGAAGGUCUCCUUUCUCCCGGCGGAACCCCAGGCAUCGAUCAUCCGAACGUUCACUGGCAUAAAUGUUCUAGACGCCGGACCUACGGAUGAUCCUCUGCAAAAGCGUCGGGUCAGACUUGCCCACCGUGCAUUUCUUCGACAUUCAUUUAAUCGACUAGAUUUUGUUGCAGUCGUUGCUUUCUGGAUCUCCUUCCUUCUCUCCAUUUCCGGACUUGAAUCGGCCCACCAAUUAUACAUCUUUCGCAUGCUCAGUUGUCUUCGAAUUCUUCGGUUGCUCGCCCUGACCAACGGAACCUCUGUCAUUCUUCGAAGUCUGAAACGUGCUGCUCCUCUCCUUGUGCAUGUCGCAUUUUUGAUUGGUUUCUUUUGGCUUCUUUUCGCAAUCGUUGGCAUCCAGAGUUUCAAGUCAAGUCUUCGAAGGACCUGCGUCUGGAUUGGCACCGACGGCCAAGAUAAUUUCACUCUAAAUGACCCAGAGGGGACCGUCCAGUUCUGUGGAGGUUAUCUUGACAGCUCGGGGGAGAAAAAGCCAUGGUUGACUGCUUCAGGCGAUGUCCAAGGGAGCUCUCCCAAAGGAUACAUCUGUCCCAUGGGGUCGCUUUGUGUCGAAGGUGAGAACCCGUACAACGCAACGGUGAGCUUCGAUAACAUAGCGCAAUCUAUCGAGCUUGUCUUUGUCAUCAUGAGCUCCAACACCUUCACGGACUUGCUUUACUACACAUGUGACAGCGACUAUCUUGCUUCCGCGCUCUUCUUCGCGUUUGGCCUAGUCAUAUUGAGUUUGUGGCUCGUCAAUCUUCUAGUCGCAGUCAUUACGCACUCUUUCCAAGUGAUUCGCGAGGAGAGCAAGCGCAGUGCCUUUGCGGUCCAGCAAAUAGACACUAUCGAGGAGGAUGAAACCUCAACCCGCCCACCAAGCUUCAUAAAGCGGCUUUAUGACAAGACCGAAUGGUUCUGGGUGCUUCUCAUCAUAUUUGAUCUCGUCAUUCAGGCCUUGAGGAGCUCUACUAUGGGAGAUGACCGUGAGAGAGUUAUCAACACCACCGAAACCGUCGUUACCCUAGUAUUACUAGCCGAGAUUAUUCUCCGCUUCGUAUCUGACUGGCGCUCGUUUCACCGGAGUCGUCGCAAUUGGUUCGACCUGUUCCUUGUGGUGAUAACCUGCCUCAUCCAGAUACCUCCUAUCAAGAAUUCCGGCCGACCAUACACUGUCAUGACAUUGUUUCAAAUCCUCCGGGUCUACAGAGUGGUUUUGCUGAUUCCCGUGACGAGGAAGCUUAUUAUGAUUGUCUUCCGGAACACUGUUGGUUUGGUGAACCUCAUAUUCUUCCUUUUCUUGAUGACUUUUUUGGCUGCCAUCUUCGCAACACAGCUUUUCCGAAGCCAAAUCCCCGACGCCGAUUCAGCUGGCAACUCUAUCAGCAUCACUUUCGGCAACAUCUACAACUCUUUUCUCGGAAUGUACCAAAUUCUCUCAAGUGAAAACUGGACUACUAUUCUGUAUAACGCCACUACCUACACAACACACUUCAACACAGCGUGGAUUUCUGCGUCAUUCGUGAUUCUAUGGUUUAUUGUGGCGAAUUUCAUUAUCUUAAACAUGUUCAUUGCUGUCAUUCAGGAAAGUUUUGACGUGUCAGAAGAUGAGAAACGAUUGCAACAAGUGAAAGCAUUCCUCGAACAGAAGCACGUUGGACAACAGACCCAAGGCAAUCUUGCCCUCUCCAAAAUUCUUCGACUUGGUCGGGAUUCCAUCCGUUACAAAGAUCCUCUUGACCAUGGACCGGCAGCAUUGGAGAUGCUCCUAAAGGACGCCGUUGUCCGAGAAUUUUUGGAUGAAGCAGAGGACGAGAAAAAGCAGGAUGAAGCUCGCCGCCAUCCAGAAAGUACAGUUCCCGACACUGCAGCCGCUGAUGCAGUUGAACCGGGCGCCCUCUCACAGAUAUGGACCAAGAUUACGUCUCUCGUUAUGGGCCGCGAGCCUAAUCCAUUCUAUUCCAAGCUCCAAUUCUCGCGAGCUUAUGAAGAAUUGGACCCUCGAACCAUGGCUCGAGAAGUGGUCUCUGCUUCAGAGGCGAGGAAGCGGGCCCAGCGAGAAUACCUCGUCAAACACCCGAAUUAUAACAAAUCGCUGUACCUCUUCGGGCCGCAUGAUCCAAUCCGGAAGGUUUGCCAGCGCAUUGUCGGCCCAGGCCGAGGUAACCAACGGGUCGAAGGUGUUGAUCCGUACAAGCCCGUGUGGUACGCAUUCUCAGCCUUCAUCUACGCGGCGAUCGUGGCCAUGGUGCUUCUGGCUUGUAUUACCACACCUCUGUAUCAAAAGAAGUACUUCAGCUCUGACCGUAACUGGUUCGUUUACACGGACAUGGGCUUCGCUGUCGUUUUCACCAUUGAGGCAGUUAUCAAAGUGAUUGCAGACGGAUUUUUCUGGACACCUAAUGCGUACUUCCGAAGCUCCUGGGGCUUCAUCGACGGUGUCGUGUUAGUCACGCUCUGGAUCAACGUGGGCAGUUCGUUGGUCAAAGACUAUACUCUCUCCAGACCCAUUGGCGCCUUCAAAGCACUCCGAGCCCUACGGCUGCUCAAUGUUAGCGAUAGCGCUAAAGACACGUUCCAUUCGGUAAUCAUAGUCGGCGGCAUGAAGGUCCUUGCUGCCGCAUCGGUUUCGAUGAGUUUCUUGAUCCCUUUUGCUAUCUACGGUGUCAAUCUGUUCAAUGGACAAAUGGUAAGCUGCAACGACAGCAACUUCUCCGGAAACCUGACGGCGUGCAUCAACGAGUAUCCCAGCUCACCUUACAACUGGGAAGUCCUCGCACCCCGAGUUGCAUCCAAUCCGUACUACUCGUUCGAUAAUUUCGGGGACUCAUUGUUCAUUCUGUUCCAAAUUGUCUCUCAAGAGGGUUGGAUUGAUGUCCAGGAUAGUGCCAUGAGUAUUAUCAGGGCUGGGAUACAACCACAGGAGGGAGCUGCGCCGGAGAAUGGCCUCUUUUUCGUGGUAUUUAACUUGCUCGGUGCAGUGUUCGUCUUGACGCUGUUUGUGUCCGUUUUCAUGCGUAACUACACGGAACAAACUGGUGUUGCCUUCUUGACUGCCGAGCAACGGUCGUGGCUGGAGCUACGAAAGCUCCUGCGCCAAAUAUCCCCCUCGAAACGAUCUCUCAAUGCCAGCGGCGCUGGCUGGCAAAAAUGGUGCUAUCGAGUUGCUGUCAAGAAGCACGGUCGAUGGGCGCUCCUGGUUGAUUGUACCCUCUUGGCUCAUCUGGUCUUUUUGAUGCUGGAAUACUAUCCAGAACCACACGCUUGGGAGCUAACGCGCUCAAUCAUUAUUUUCUUCUUCAUCCUCAUCUUCUUAGCCAACGUCAUCAUUCGCCUGGUUGGGCUAGGGUGGCACAGAUUUGUUCGAAGUUCUUGGGAUCUUUAUUCCAUCCUGGCCGUUCCUGGCGCCUUCGUCACCAUUAUCCUGAACAUUGCUUAUCCGGCCCAGGCGGUUCUGGAGCUCAAUAAACUAUUCCUGGUCGCGGUUGCAUUGCUGCUUAUUCCGCGCAACAACCAAUUAGACCAGCUUUUCAAAACCGCCGCGGCUAGUCUGCCGGUCAUUGGAAAUCUUCUUGCAACCUGGUUUGUCCUGUUUUUGGUAUUUGGCAUUGCGAUGAACCAGUCGUUUGGCCUCACCAAGUUCGGCAGUCAGGAAACCAACAACCUCAAUUUCCGAGAUAUUCCCAAGUCACUCAUCCUGCUCUUCCGAUGCAGUUGUGGUGAAGGCUGGAACGAGAUCAUGGAAGACUUCGCCACGAUGGAGCCACCAUUCUGCACAUACGAUGACGACUUCCUCAGCGAUGACUGCGGCAGUGCUGCAUGGGCUCGCACUCUGUUCAUUGCAUGGAACAUCAUUAGCAUGUAUAUUUUUGUGUCGCUGUUUGUCUCGCUCAUUUUCGAAAGUUUCUCCUACGUCUACCAACGUAGCAGCGGGCUGUAUGCAAUUAGCCGUGAGGAGAUUCGUCGGUUCAAGCAGGCCUGGGCCGAGUAUGACCCGGACGGCACAGGAUUCAUCAGCAAAGAGCAGUUCCCUCGGUUACUCGGGGAACUGUCCGGAGUAUUUGCCAUGCGAAUCUACGAAGAGCCCUUCACUGUGGGCGCCAUUCUCGAGCAAUGCCGCACUGAUAAUCCACAAGGUUCUGUUUACUCCUUGUCCUCAUCGUCGAUGCCGUUCCGUUCGCGAGAGUCCUUCUCCUCGGCGAAGCAGCCCAAGACAGAUAAUGUCAUCGACGGCGUCGAUAUUAAGAAGCUUGCCCGGAUCGUGGAGGGCAUCCCGGUGUCAGCUGACCCUGAUCGGGGUAUCUCUUUCCAUCAGAUUCUGAUGAUCCUUGCCCAUUACAAGAUCAUCACCGAUAGCAAGAGUCUGCGCCUGGAAGAAUUCCUCCGUCGCCGAGCGCGGCUUCAACGUGUGGAAGAAGCUGUGCGUCGCAACACGGUUAUCAGUUUCUUUGACACUCUCUACUGGUCACGCCGCUUCCGACGAUCUGUGGAGCGCAGAAAGGAAGGCCGGAUGGCUGCUCCUCCACAGUUCACCGUGCCAGAAAUCUUUGUUGAGAAUCCUGUUGACUCCGAUGACUUUGACGCGCCCGCCCCGGGUACCAUGACACCGCAGAACCAACCUGAUGCCGAGUCCCCGUUCACACCCAUGCUCUCGCCAUCUUCCUCCUCGCACCGUCGGGCUGAGUCCACGCCCACUGGUCGCCUCAGAGACCUGCCUCGUCUGGACACCUCGCUGACGGGCCGGACAACGGGUAACAGUACUCCAACGGACUGGUCAAGCUUCAGUCCGUCGCGCACUCCACGUCACAUGUACGGCGAUCGAGCGUCAUUUGAUCUUGCCGAUCGCUCGCAAUCACCUGGUACCCCUGGCGAGGGCCAACGGCAGAACAGUGCCAUGAGCGUGCAGGACGUGAUGAGCUCCCUGGAGACUUCCGCCUGGGGCGAGAGCAUCCGGCGCAGCUUUACGAAGCGCCGAUCUGACGACCGAAAAUCGGAUGGGCAAUCAUCCGACGGGUGA